AUGUCCAUCGUAGCCGUCGUUACCAUCUUGGCUAUCAAUCAGCUUCUCGAGAGAAUCCUCAACACUCUUGCGGCCUUCACAAAGCCCCAUACAAUAUCCGGGUUGGAAACCAGGAUCGCAAAAUUCAUUUUCAUUGCACAAUACGUGAAUACAGCUUUGCUUGUUAUGCUGGUCAACGGCGAGUGGAGUUCAGUUGUCAAUCCUCAGCUGCAGAAGACUCUGGGGAUCACGAACCUACUGCAAAGCUUGCCUGGAACAAUGAAAGACACAAACAGCGAUUGGUAUGCUCUUGUCGGAGAAAAGGUUUUCAUGCAAACAGUCACUGCGUCUUUCACGCCAAAUUUGACAACAUUAGCGAAAUGGCCGCAGGCAGUGAUGAUGCAGCAGCUGCUGAAGGAGAGGAAGCUGACUCAACGUGAGCUCAAUCGGCUGUAUGAGGGCCCGGAGUACUUGCUCUCGAAGCGAUAUGGCUCCAUGCUCAACAUCAUGUUUGUCAUCUUCACUUACGCCUCGUCCAUACCCACCCUUUACUUCUUCGGCAUUGUCUUCUUCGUGACUGCCUACUGGUGCGAUAAGAUCGCCAUCCUGAGGGCAGUGAAGAAACCGGCGCAGUACGACGAGAAGUUGGCUGUCUUCUGUACCAACAUGAUGUCGGUUGGAACACUGAUUCAUCUGGCGUUCGGCUCCUGGUUUUUCGGG